CGCUCACAAGCACUCAAGCUAAGUGUGUACGGCGAGUGUGGAGCGUGAGCGUGUUAGUUGGGAGAUAGCGAUUACACAGUUAGACGCACACUGCAAAGGUGCUCGGGACGAACAAGCGAACGGACGCGUAAACGGAACGGAAACAGUCGUCCAUACGGAAAAAGGUGCUAGGCAGUCGCAGAAAGCCAGAGUGGGUCGGUAAUCAAUUCAGGCACUCGACAGACAGGAAAAAUCCACACAACAAAAACAGAAAAUCAAAAUCGCAAAUAGAAGUUGGAUUGCUGCUGAAAAGUUUGCAACGACCGUGUAAAAGCUAACCAAGCUUAAUUCAUUUCUUGCCGACAAAAAAGCUGUUUGCUUUGAUUUCUUCUUCAGCUGCAGUGAUUAAAUUAAAAAGUUCCGGUGAAAACAGUGAAAAAACGCACAAACUCUGCAGAGAGUAGAAAAAGGCUUCAAAAAGCAAGCAAAAAACACACAUUUUCACGUCCUUGAAAAGUGAAAUAGUUGAAGUGCAAUAGUUUAACAAAAUAAAUAUGACAGCAUUUGGCUUAUUCCUCUUAUCAAUGUGGGGCUUCGGGCAGCAGAUGCCCGCGACGCACACGCAAAUAAUUUCGCGCGCCAACUGGGGAGCGCGUCCAUCAACGCUCGUCGAACACUUUAACGGGCCAGCGCCAUAUGUCAUCAUCCAUCAUUCGUAUAUGCCCAGCGCCUGUUACACCCCCGACGAUUGCAUCAAAGCGAUGCGCUCCAUGCAAGACUACCAUCAGCUGCAACGUGGCUGGAACGACAUUGGCUAUAGUUUUGCGAUCGGCGGCGACGGCAUGAUUUAUGUGGGACGCGGUUUCAACGUGAUUGGCGCGCAUGCGCCCAAAUACAAUGACAAAAGUGUUGGCAUCUGCAUGAUUGGCGAUUGGCGAACUGAGCUGCCGCCACCACAAAUGCUCGCAGCGGCUAAAUCUCUGAUUGAAUUCGGCAUGGCAAAGGGUUAUAUUCAUCCGGAAUACAAAUUGCUCGGACACAGACAAGUGCGUGACACCGAAUGCCCCGGCCAGAGACUGUACGACGAGAUUACCUCGUGGCCGCAUUUUGCACCCAAACCCAAGGCAACAGAGAACGAGAUAGCAAAGUGAGAAUCUGAAAUUGUGGACGAAGGGCGUGAUAUUGAUCAACCCCACCUACAACAGCAAUUAUAGUAAUCGACGCUUAGCACCCUUGGCGGUUGCACCUCUUAAGAGUUCGUUAUUAAUUUUAAUUAUAUUUUUAAGUAGACAACUGUUAUUCAAUGCAUAGCGAAAUAACCAAACUGUUUUCAAAUAAUUGUAAAAUCAACAAAAUAUUAGAAUGUAGCGGAAAGAGGCUCAUUCAUACGCCUUCAACGUAACUCUCCGCAUUCAUGCCAAUCCUUAGUCAUAGUAGACACUCUUUUGUUUAGUCAAUUAAUUCACAGAUUCUGCCACCAUCAUACAUACAUAUGUAUUUGCAUGCUUUCGAGUCUUUUAAGGUAAUUCUUCCUACCCACCACCUAUUAAAAAUGUAAAUAUAUGUUAUCUAUGAUUUAUAAACGGUUGUGCAUUAGCCUAUGUCUGUCUGUGCGCAACCUUUAAGUAGGAGUAAUUAUGUAAAUUAAGAGCCUGCGAAGUAUGCUUAACAAAUUUCAAAGUAUGCAAAUAAAACAGAAUGCACAAAAACAA